GCAGUGGGACGUCUCGGCAGGAAAAGACAGCGGCUUCCUCUUCCGGGGUCAGGAGGUCGAAGGACAAGCUGUCGGAUGUGCUGGGUCGCUUUCAGGGAAAUAUGGAUGUAAACACCGAUUGUUUAAACGCUGAGUAUGGAAGCAAAGCGGGUUACAUCCUCAGCAAUGUGGCCGAAGUAGUGGAGAGGAUACUGACGUUCGUGCCGACCAAGUCACUUCUCCGUAGCGCUUGCGUGUGUCGCCUGUGGAGGAACUGCGCUCGUCGGGUACUGAGGACCCAGCAGCAGCUGGGCUGGGUGUCAGCCACCGGCUCCUCCAGCUCAGAAGGACACGUUCUCUACAGGACUUUGGCCGAAGAAGUCGAGAACAUUUACCUGCUGCCACAGACGGUUCUUUUAAUGGCCGACAGCGAGACCAUCAAUGGACGUUCCUACUGGCCGAAAAAAGCAAAGACCAUGUGCAGUUCUGACGUGGCUGAGGACCUCAAAAGACUGUUUCCCAAAGGCUGUGACAUCCUUGGGAUCGCCACCCCUGGCAUUGUGUUGACCCCUAGUGGGCAGCCCUCCAGCCAGCCGCAGGAGCACCAGGAAGGGGAGGCCGGCUUCGCCCUCAUGAUCCCCAGCAUGGAUGGGGUGACUAUCAGGCCCUUCCACUUCUGCAAGCAGACACUCUCUAAGACAGCCCUGGAGGAAGCAGGUCUCGUGGGUGACCCCGAACUGCGUGUAGUGCUCCUGUUCGGCUACCAGGCUUUCAAGGCGGGCGGCCCACGCUUCCUGCACCAUAUUCUGCAGCCUCUGGCACAGAGCAGUGUCCUCGUCGCUGGGGGCCAUGUGGAGAGUGUCUUUUCCCACUCCAGGAUAUGCUGUGGGCGGGGCUCAUACGGCGUGGUGGGCCUGACGCUGAGCGGGCCUCGGGUCCAGGGGGCCUCGGUGCUUCUGGACCAAGACGUGACCACAGAGAAGGCGGCCGAGGCGGCGGUGCAGCGGCUGAAGGCGGCCAGCAUCCCCGAGCACAACACGCUGGGCUUCAUGUUCGCCUGCGUGGGCCGCGGCCAGAACUACUACAACCAGCGCGACGUGGAGGUGCACGCCUUCCGCAAGGUCUUUCCCAGCAUCCCGCUCUUCGGUUUCUUCGGCAACGGUGAGAUCGGCUGCGACCGCAUCGUCACGGGCAACUACAUGCUGACCAACUCGGACGCCGACGGCCUCCAGCACGGCUUCACCACCGUCAUGACGCUGGUGCACCUGGGAUAGCGGCCUGCGGGGGAGGGGCAGCCGGCCGGGGGGGGCGGGUGAUCCUCGGUGCCGUCCCACGCCUGCUCUCUCAGCCUUCCGGCUCCGCCUCCUUGACGGCUUGUGGCUCGGUGUGAUACAAACCGGCAUCUUGUAGGAUAGAGUAACUGUGUCUUUAGUCCCAGCAGAGGUUACUCCGGUUCAUCCCCAGCAUUAACUAGAUCUUUCUUCGGCCAUUUAGACCCAGCUUUUGUCGAAGCGCCGUAUUUUCCCCACACUGAAAUCCUUGCUAUCAGCAUUUUUGCUCUGGUCUCGCGCUUUGGAUUGCCAUUGAGGUAGAGACGCAUGCCGACGAUGCCCGAGUACUGACCGGUGCUCGUCUUCGAAUGUGAGUCCCUCAGGGCGGGGCAGGUCAGUCACCCAGAAACGAAAUCGAUAGGGGCACCCCGUGGAGGUCAGACAGAGGGUUCCUCCCCUUUUCAUCCUUUUUAUUGUGCAAUAAAGCAUCAUUAUGCGUGUUAGUGUGAACCACGCCUGAUUGGUGUGGCCAUGGCGAUGGGCUGAGGCGUGGCCUCUGAAGGCCCGCCCCCUGCUCUGGUUGUGUGGACCUUGCUGCUCAGCCCAUCAUACCGCACUGUGAGCCUUGCUUCUGUGUGCCAUGUGACUGGAUUUUCUUAUUGACAUUAAGUGAUUACUUAUUGACCACCUCUGGUUGUUUAAUUUGAGUGUUUUUCUGUGGCCUUUAGUGAAUCCUCUGCUGCUCCAGAUUUACAAAUGGCUCUUUUCCAGCCCCCCCCCCCCCCCCACCCCAAUGCAGUAUUAGAGGACAGUAAUGCUGUCACUUCGAAGGUCCGUUUCAGUUCGUGCAGUGUGAUUUCAAGGGAAGAGAUGCCCAUCCUCACAGACAUGAUGACAGGAGCUGACCUGAUUGUCUCAGUAAAUUGUGGACUUUUACGUUUUGAGUGUCCCCCACCGUGAAUCGAACCUGCAGACAGCGGCACUGCCCUCGGCGACCUCUGCUGUGACGUGCCCCGGGUUCGAAGCCCUUCGGUUGUUUUCGCUGCUGCCCCGCAGCGGCUCCCCUCCUGUUUGGUGUCUGUCCUUUUUCAUUUCGGGAAAAUUGAAUUUUCCUCAAGCGGAACAUUUUUGGGGCCAUUUGUGAAGAUUAGCUCUCGCUGCGUCUUAUUACAGGGAGUUUGGACACAUUUCACGCUGUUCGGCCUUAAUAAAGUGAGCGGGAGUUCUCUACGUUGCAUAUGCACCUGUGUGUUCACCUCCUCUGUCAUUAACAUUCCCAAUAAACAAGUCAGUCUGUCCUCAA